AUGCCGAGAACACCAACUCUUCUGGGAGGAGGAGGAGGAGGAGGCGCCGGCCUUGGAGGUGUUUUAGGAGGAGGAGGAUCAUCUCGAAGUGGUGGUGGAUUGUUUCGUCUGAAACUCUCCUCUCCGCUGUGCAUCGCGGCGGUGAUGAGCGUCACGUUUUUCGUCUACGUUUUCUCCAACUCCUCCUCUUCUGCUAUCCAUCAACAUCAUAAUCAUAAUCAUCAUCGUUUGCAACAACAACAACAACAAAACAGUCGACGGUUCGGAGGAGGAGCGUCCGAACAUCAUCAUCGUCGUCAUCAUCGCGACGAGGUCGACAAUUUCGAAGACGACGAUGAACUUCACGACGACGCGCAUUCUUCUCGCAACAGCUACCAUCGCAAUCAUCAUCAGGAAGAGGAGGAAGAAGGAGGAGGAAAAAGCAACACAAUUUUAGGAAGAGAGAGGACGAAAAAGAAAGGAUCCGGGGCCGGGUCGUCGUUGCCAAAAUCAUCGGUUUCCUACCCGAAGGCGAAGAAGGAUAGCGCGAGUCUGAUCGCGCAGAGUUGCAACGGAGGGAAUUCUAAUGAUGAUAAUAAUAACAACAACAAUAGCGAAGGCGAGGACCAACCGAAAGUGUUUCUCGUCACCGGUACGGCUGGCUUUGUCGGCUACCACGUCGCGACGAAACUGAAAGAGAGAGGUGAUUACGUCGUCGGCUUGGACGUGGUGAACGAUUAUUAUCCGCAAGGUUUGAAACGCGCGAGGUUAAAGGAGCUCAACAGAGCGGGCGUGCACACGGUUGAAGCAGAUUUGAACGAUCAAGAGACGCUCGCGGAGAUGUUUUCUUUGUGCACGUUUACGCACGUGUUGCAUCUGGCGGCGCAAGCGGGCGUUCGAUACGCGGCGAAGAAUCCGCACGCGUACGUCCACUCCAACGUUGCUGGUUUCGUGUCUCUCAUGGAAGUUGCCGUGAGACAGCGACCGUUUAUUCCCAGAGUCAUUUUCGCCUCUUCGAGUUCUGUGUACGGGUUGAAUACGAAAGUACCAUUUAGCGAAACGGAUAUGACUGAUUCCCCUGCGAGUUUAUACGCCGCGACGAAGAAAUCAGACGAGUUGCUCGCACACACGUACAACGCCAUACACGGCGUCGCGGUGACAGCGUUGAGAUUUUUUACCGUGUACGGUCCUUUAGGGAGACCGGAUAUGGCGUACUUCUCGUUUGCGAACAACAUCGUGAAAGGGAAACCAAUCAAAAUCUUCACUGGCCCGGGCGGCUCAGAGUUAGCGAGAGAUUUUACGUACAUCGACGACGUCGCUAGAGGUGUCAUCGCGAGUUGCGAUACGAGCGAGCCGAGCAACACGCCGAGCGAGAAAACAGCCGGAAAGAAGAAACCAAAGUUUAGAGUGUACAACUUGGGGAACACGCACCCGGUGACGGUGUCGGACUUCGUGAGCACGUUGGAAAAGCAUCUCGGGAAAGAAGCUAUUCGAGAAUACGUUCCGAUGCCAAAGACGGGCGACGUUCCGUUUACGCACGCGGACGUUUCGGCGGCGAGACGCGAUUUAGGAUACGAGCCACGCGUCAGUUUGGACGAAGGUUUGAAGAAGUUUGUAGAUUGGUACACGUCCUAUUACGUGGACGGUAAACACUCCGAGGAUCAAAACUACGUCCCGAAUUAA